AUGAUAUCUGCACAGCAGCCACCGUUCCCCAACGAAAUUCAAAGAGUAAUGGACUGCCCAACUGAGGAAGAAGAAACUUGCGAAGAGCAGUAUGGUUCUGAAAACUGCACUUGCAGCUCCAAUCAUGCAUCAUCAACAGCAGAAUCUGACUCAGAUUCACCAGUAACUCUUAAAAUACUACAGAGUUGGGCUCCUCGGGUUUCGCAUUACUUCGAUAAAGAGAGCUACACAUAUGUUGGCCACCAGAUCGUCAUUCAGGAGUCCAUAGAACAUUAUGGAGCUGUGGUAUGGCCGGGGGCACUGGCUUUAUCUCAGUAUCUGGAAUCAAAUCAAGAACAAUUCAACCUCAAAGACAAAAAAGUUUUGGAAAUUGGUGCUGGAACAGGCUUAGUUUCCAUUGUGGCCUGUAUCUUAGGAGCUUACGUUACGGCUACUGAUUUGCCUGAAGUUCUUGAAAAUCUCUCUUAUAAUAUUUCAAAAAAUACACAAAACAUGAAUAUGCACAAACCUGAAGUAAGAAAACUGGUAUGGGGAGAAGGCCUCCAUGAAGACUUUCCUCUAUCCACUUACCAUUAUGAUUUCAUACUGGCAAGUGAUGUUGUAUAUCAUCAUGCAGCUUUGGAAGCUCUGCUAGCAACAAUGGUGUAUUUUUGUAAGCCAGGAACAGUAUUACUAUGGGCAAAUAAAUUCAGAUUCACUGCAGACUAUGAAUUUUUGGAAAAACUCGGCAAUAUACUUAACACAAUGAUUCUAGCAGAAUUUCCAGAAUCAGAUGUCAAGCUGCUUAAAGUUACAGUAAGAGAGAAUUAA